AUGUCGCCUCCGCAGCAACCGCGGCCCCCCAGAAGACGCACUCGCGCCCAGGCUUUCGCCGCAGGGUCUUCACGUCCCAGCGUUGCAGAUGCAUCCACCGAGAUGCGGACUUCGCCUCCGAGGUCUCAGACACCGCUGUACACUCCACCGACAGGCACAGGCCUCGAGGACACGAAGCCCCCGCUUUGGUCGAUCCAAUACAGUGUCCUAGAGACGGAGGAGCCGACUACGCCAGGAAACACAUCCAAGAGAAGACGCAAAGACAGGAAGAGAGCCAUGGGUCAGAAAUAUCCCGAACAUCCACACGACGACGACGAUCUCGGUCUGCCGAUUUUCCAAGACUCGUACAUGACCAGAAUCCUGCCCCAGAUCGCAGCUCUCGGUGUCAAGCCAGAUACACAACUUCAAACUCCUUUCGAGCGCGCACCGAACCAUCCUGGACCAUCCCCAACCGUGUCGGCAUCAGACUAUUCUCUGGAGACUGGAAGGGUGCAGGCUCAUAUUGUGCCACGAAAGUACGCGAUGACACAAGCAAGAUUUCGCGUCGUCUCCAAAGCAGGCACGCGUGUGUUUCUUCAGCCACAGCUCGGCUUUGGAAUAUCGUCGACGUACAAGCGGGUCUCUCAAGAUGGUGUAGCUAUCUCGGCAAAGGACGUUCAAUACGACAACGAUGUGCAGGGAAUCGUGUUUGCAGACUGGAUCGAGCCUAAACGCGAAGGCAUGCUCAAGGAGCAAGACCGAUUGACAAAGCUGUGGGCCAACAAGGUAAGGAGCUAUCGAAAAGCCAUGAGACGAUGA